CUAGCACUCGUUGAUGACGGGUUGGAAACAUGGCGUCCUCUACAAGGAAGGCAGCUCACGAUAUAGAAAGUCGAAAGAGGACUGACGAUGUCAUUUUAUCGGAGGGAAUAGAGUUCAGCUCUUUGUUAUUGUCUCAGGUCGUGCUGGACGGAUUGUCAGCCGCUGGCUUUCAAAAACCUUCCCCGAUCCAGCUGAAGGCGAUCCCGCUUGGCCGAUGUGGACUGGAUUUGAUUGUGCAGGCCAAAUCUGGCACAGGAAAGACAUGCGUGUUCUGCACAAUUGCAUUGGACUCUCUGAUUCUGGAAAAUUCUGCCACCCAAGUUCUUGUGUUGGCUCCCACUCGAGAGAUAGCGGUGCAGAUCCACUCAGUAGUGAUGGCAAUAGGCUGUGCCAUGGAGGGCCUGCAAUGUCAUGUGUUCAUUGGGGGCAGACCUGUUAGCCAUGACAAACUCCACCUGAAGAAAUGCCACAUAGCUGUGGGCUCACCUGGUCGUAUCAAGCAGCUGAUUGAGCAUGGCAUGCUGUCCACUGCCAGUAUCCGCCUCUUUGUUCUGGAUGAGGCUGACAAGCUCCUGGAGGAGGGCAGCUUUCAGGAACAGAUAAACUGGAUCUUCUCCUCUCUGCCUGUGAACAAACAGAUGCUUGCACUUUCUGCCACCUACCCAGAAUCCCUUGCUCAGCAUCUUACCCAUUACAUGAGAGAGCCCACUUUUGUCAGACUCAACCCCAGGGAAAUGGGACUCAAAGGCCUCAGGCAGUAUUACAAGUUGGUACCAUCUCAUCCAUUACCUCACAAGGUCUUUGAGGAGAAAGUGAAGCUCUUGUUGGACCUGUUUAGUAAAAUACCCUUCAAUCAGGCCCUCAUCUUCUCCAAUCUGCACACAAGGGCUCAGAACCUGGCUGACAUCUUGUCCUCUAAAGGCCUACCUGCUGUUUGUAUCUCAGGUGGUCUGAGUCAGGAGCAGAGACUUGAGGCCAUGUCCAAACUUAAGCAGUAUCAGUGCAGAGUGCUCAUUUCCACUGACCUGACCUCCAGGGGCAUAGACGCAGACAAGGUCAACUUGGUCAUAAACCUGGAUGUGCCUCAGGACUGGGAAACCUACAUGCACCGAAUCGGACGAGCUGGGCGUUUUGGCACUCAAGGGCUGGCGGUGACCUACUGUUGCCAUGGUGAAGAGGAGAACAAGAUGAUGGCCAUUGCUCAAAAGUGUGGCCUGAGUUUGUCAGCAUUGCCUUCCACCACUGAUGCUGGACUGAUGUCUGAGCAAUGUGACUGGGACGUCUGCGUUGAGGCUUCUGCUCCAGGCAUUGAAUCUCAGUUUUUCUCCAAGGCCGAGAAGAAGAAGGGACGCCCCAAAGCAUCCUCUCCUGUUUGCUCCCCGGGUACUUCUCUCAUCAUGGAGGAAGCUCAAGAUGCCAGGAGGCCAAAGAUUCCCCACACACCAGUGAAGCUUGCAGUAGAAGGGGACUCAGGAAAGGCGUACCCUGCAAAGACUACGGUCCAGAACCCCUUUCGAGCAGCGCCGACUAGCAAAGAGUUGCAAGACGCACUGCCGAAGAUCCCUCCACUCUGCUCCUUUAAAAGCAGCAGGUCUGGGUUUAUGACCUUUGAGGAGGCAGAGCGGGACUUCCAUGCAUUCAUUACAACAGGACUGGGAAGAUCAGUGGAGAUCAUCAGGGAAUUCAGAGGCCAGGAAGAUGGCAGCAAUCAUAAUGGGCAUAGAGAGUCCAUCACACUUGAUGAUGAUGAUGAUGAUGGAAGUCAGAUCUGUGAUGGGUGGAAGUCAAAGCGUACACCUGCAAAAUCUAGCUCUGAUGUUGAAAUGGAGAACACACCGGCCCAUUUUGAAAUGUCUGCAGGCAACGAAAACAAAGCAGUCACCCACCCUCAGACAAAAGUAAGUCAUAGAUGCACUGCAGGAGAAACAGAGAUUGAGCCAAUUACAACAGAAGAUCCCAUAACAUUCCCGACAACACACACAAGAAGCAGCGGAACGUCCCCCCAGUUGGAGAACUUUGAAUUGAGUAUUAAAGCUGAUGCGCAAACCAACCGCACACCUUUUGCACAAACCACAAGAAAGGAACACAAAAAGAUAAAAGUGGAAAAACAGAGCAGAAGGAUGCAAGAGAACAUAAGGAAAGAUAAAAAAAGGGAUGAAGAUGAGUACGACAAGGAAGGCGACUAUGGUGCUGACAGUUACUGGAGAGCCUGCUACACAGCAUGGAAUGAUUACUAUUCCUACAUGUCUUCUUUUCAAGGACAAGGUUACCAAAGCUACUACAGUGCGGCUCACAACUGGAUGGCAGCCUAUCGUAUGAACACAGUUUACAUGGAAGAACUGCUGAAACAUUGAUGUAAUACCUUAUCACAGCAGAAAAAACACUUGAAAUGACACAGCACUUGGUUUGUGAGUUCCACAGUGUGUAUUCUGUAGUGAAUAUGUACUACUGCGCACCUUCUUUAAUAAAUACCAUUGUGGAGCACGCUGCAAGCUUUUUCUGCAUGACCACUACACAUUUAUUGGUUACAAAACAGCUUUGUUUUCACAUGCU